GCUAGCGCUGGAGAUGUGCCCAUCACGUGAGCUGCCGACCAAGCGCACACACAUCUACACGGACGGCAGCUACAACGGCAUCCCACAUACAGCAGCCUGGGCAGUAAUCAUUGUCGACGAGUACGACGACGGGCGUAGCUCACGAGGCCCGUUCGGCUUUCGGGGUUUCAUUGCUGGCAAGGUCACCGAGUCUCUACACGACAUAGCUAACAACGAGAAGGUGACGGCAUAUACGGCUGAGCUCACGGCAGUGCUGUGGGCACUUAUGUGGGCCCUUGGUCAAGACACCACCGCCCCCAUCGAGAUCACGCCUGACGCUCUCAACGUUAUCAACCUGGCAGCCCCCUGUGCGAUCCAGCGGCCCAUCAGCACGACUACCAUCAAGGCCGACCUCAGCUUGAAUAUGUGCACCUACAAUUGCAGAUCACUUAAAGCCGCCGUCAACUUCAAGUCGGGCAAAGGCAAGGCGGCCAGCAAAAGCAAGCAGAGCAUCUCCAAGGUUACGCACCUAGCGGCACAGUUUUCUGAUAUGGGCCUACACGUGGUGGCCCUCCAGGAGACGCAGAGCGACGGAGACGUCCGCAACGUUGGAGAAUAUGUUUGCUACUCCUCAGGCCACGCGCAGCAGAACAGAGGAUGCGACGUUUGGCUCAACGUCUCCCAGCCGAUCAGCGUGGGUGGGGUCGCGAGGUACCUAAGUGUCAAAGAUACCCUGGUCCUCCACCAGCACGACAGGCCUUUGAUCAUCAAGACCCGCGUGGCAGGCACGGACAUGGUCAUCGCCUCCGCGUAUGCCCCCCACGAAGACUCCCAGGCGGCUGAGAAGACAGAGUUCUGGGAGUCUGCCCAGCGACUGUCUGCCAAGUACCACGUGGACAUCUUCAUGGGGGACCUGAACGGGCGCCUCGGCGACUACGAGUCCCCAGGAGUUGGCACCAGUGGGUACCCAGAACCGACCAAUGGCAAUGGCAAGCACAUCAUUAGCUUCGCAGCCGACACCGACAUGGAGGUCAUCAACACCACGAAGGAUCCAGGAAACAAGUCGUAUACGCAUAUUGGAUCUAAGGGGCAGUACCACAGGAUCGACUACAUCCUGCUGAGCUCCUAUCGCCCCGUACGUUGCGAGCUGCAGCACGGAACCACCAAGGCCUCAGGGCCGCGGCCCGAUCUGACCAACCUAAACAACGAUGACGCCAAGGCCAGCUUUAAAGAGAUUCUCCAGCAGGCCCCGAUCAUCUCCUGGGAGGUGGACGUCAACACCCAUUGCGAGGAGGCCACCAGAGUCGUCAACAACGCGGCCAUCCAGGCCUUCGGCAAGGCCGUCAAGGCAGCGAGGAAGCCCUACGUCACCAAGACCACCAUGGGCCUAAUCCGAGCCAGGACAGAGCGUGGCGACGACGAUGGCACCAUCCUCAACAUCCACUACUAUGCGCACCUCCUCCUGAACUGGACGAUCUCGCCCAUGGUCUACGCCAUGGCCAUCCACUCCUUCCUCACCAGGUCUGGGCUGCUCAUUGCCUCGGCCGUCGAGAAGGACCGUAGCGCCUUCCUCAGCCGGCUAGGACAUGGCGGACCAGGAGCUCAACCAUUCGCCAAGAUACAGGCAGGCAAGAUCGUGUCAGCGGACGACCUUGCCCACAAGUACAACCAGGACAGCAAGACCAGGCCCUUCGACGGAACGCUGGAUCUCUCCAUGGUGAUGCCCCUGUCCGUCUGCCAGGCCCAGUUCGCCGCGGCCAAGGCUGGGGCGCAAGGAGGCCCUGACGGGCUCACGAACGCCGUCCUCAGGACGGCUCUUGCAGAGGCAGCCACGCUACUGCACCCCCUCUUCACCAAGGUGGCGACCACGGUGCGGGAGCCGCUGAGCUUCAAGGGCGGGGAUCUGGUCGCCAUCCCCAAAGGCAAGGGCGACCCCCGAUACCUCCUAGCUUAUCGCGAGAUCCUCUUAAACAACGUCCUGGGCAAGCGCCACCAUAAAUACUUGAGGGCCAUGCUCAACACCACCCUCGCCAUAGCGCUGGAGGACAUCCAGGUUGGCGGCCAGCCAAAGCGAGGGGCUGACAUGGCGGUCCUAGCAGCGCGCCUCUUCACCGAGAGAAGCCAGGCCCAAGGGAAGUGUUUCAUGAUCAGCUGCUACGACCUAAAGGAGGCUUUCUACUCGGUUGUCGUCCAGCUGGUCCACGGCAUCCCAGGCGAAGAGCCGCAGCUGGAGCACCUCAUGGCCAACCCAGGGAUACUCGACACAGUGUUGGAUGGCUCCCACCUGGCUGCCCUCAUUGCCGAAGGGUAUCGCAACAGGUGGACAUCGCACAGGUUCUCCCAGAGCUUCAUGGCGCCGCACAAGGGAACGAGGCCUGGUGUGCCCCUCGCCGACGCGGACUUCAAUCUGCUCUUCGGCCGAGUCCACCGCAUGAUCGACAGCUACCUGGCACAGCGAGG